AUCUACUUCCUUCUUUCCUUCUGCACCCGACUCUGGAAGAUUGGGCGAAGCGCGACUGUCAUCUGGGACGAGGCCCACUUCGGCAAGUUCGGCUCCCACUACCUCAAGCACGAAUUCUACUUUGACGUCCACCCACCGCUAGGAAAGAUGCUCGUCGGCCUCGCCGGCUUGCUGUCGGGCUACAAUGGCCAAUUUGAGUUCAAGAGCGGUGAAAAGUACCCCGACGAUGUCAACUACCUGGGCAUGCGCGUCAUCUUGGCCAUGUUUGGCAUCCUCAUGGUGCCCGUCGCCUACAGCACCUCGGCCAACCUGGGCUGGAACAAGCGGUCGAGGCACCUGUUGGCGCUCCUGGUCCUCUUUGACAAUGCCUGGCUCGUCAUCUCCCGCUUCAUCCUCCUCGACUCGAUGCUCCUCUUCUUCACCUUCACCACCGUACACGGCCUGGUCAAGUUCCACAGCUACCAGCACCACAGCUUUAGCGAACCCUGGUGGUUCUGGCUCACCUUCACAGGCAUCAGCAUCGGCUGCGUGGCCAGCGUCAAGUGGGUCGGUCUCUUUGCGACUGCUCUCGUCGGCUUCUACACCAUCGAAGACCUUUGGGACAAGUUCGGUGAUGUCAAGAUGCCGGUGCGCACCUAUGCUCGCCACUGGUGCGCGAGAGCUUUGUGCCUCAUCGUUGUGCCAAUGUCGGUUUACAUGGCUUCGUUCAAGCUUCACUUUAUGAUCCUCAGCCGGUCCGGCCCCGGCGACGCACAGAUGAGCAGCCUCUUCCAGGCUCAUCUGCGAGGCAACGACUUUGCCCACUCGCCCCUCGAAGCCGCCUUUGGGAGCAAGGUCACGUUCAAGAAUAUGGGCUACGGCGGCGGUCUCCUCCAUUCGCACGUCCAGACCUACCCAACAGGCUCGCAGCAGCAGCAGGUCACCUGCUACCACUACAAGGACAAUAACAACGACUUUGUUAUCACGCCACGGUGGGAAGAUCCAGAGGUAAAGGAUGAGGACCCGCCUCGGAUGUUCAAGAGCGGCGACGUCUUCCGCUUUGUGCACAACUCGACUGGACGCAACCUCCAUUCCCACACGAUCCCAGCUCCUGUCACCAAGGAGAACUACGAGGUGUCGGGCUACGGCAAUGCUACGGUGGGCGACUCCAACGACUACUGGGUCGCCGAGGUUGUCGAUGACAUGAUCACGGGAAAAAAGGGCAAAGUCGGCGACCCGAUCAAGAGCCUGACGACGCGGUUGCGCUUCCGUCACCAGAACCUCGGCUGCUACAUGCGGGCCGCCAAUGCGGUGCUGCCCCAGUGGGGUUGGAAGCAGGUUGAAGUGAGCUGUGACAAGGAGAACAAUCCCAAGGACGACCACACCUACUGGAACAUUGAGAGCCACUGGAACGACAAGUUGCCAACGGGCAAUGCCCAACUCUAUCGGUCUCCGUUCCUUCGUGACUUCAUCCAUCUCAACGUGGCCAUGAUGACGUCUAACAAUGCCCUGAUCCCUGAUGCCGACAAGGAGGACAUCCUCGCUUCCAAGCCCCUCGACUGGCCCUGGCUAUUCAAUGGCCUUCGAAUGAACAGCUGGGCCGACAAUAGCGUCAAGUACUACCUCAUCGGCAACCCGGUCAUCUGGUGGUCCUCGUCGGCAAGCCUCAUUGCCUUCUGCGCACUGAUGCUCUGGUACCUCGGCCGCAUGCAGAGGCGCCACGCCGACCUCAGCCCUCGGGACUUCAACCAAUUCGUCUUUGUGGGCAAGAUUGCCGGCCUGGGAUGGUUCCUCCAUUAUCUCCCUUUUCUCAUCAUGGCUCGUGUCUGCUACAUCCACCACUACCUGCCUACCCUCUACUUUGCCGUCCUCAUGCUCGUCCAUCUUCUCGACCACUUCCUCUGGAAUGCGUCGACUGCCCGCUACCGCGUCAGGUCCCGAUCGGCAUCGGCCCAAGCCAGAGCGCCGCUCUCGGAGCUGACAAAGAACGUUAGCUUCUGCCUCAUUGCCGGCACUGUCGUGGGCGUCUUUUGGUUCUUUAGAGGCACAGCAUGGGGCAUGGACGGGCCCAUCUGGAAGUACAAUGGCAUCAAAUGGCGCCACAGCUGGAACAUCAAGGACUAG